AUGGCAACAGGCACAAGUAAAACCCCUAUUUUGUUCAUGCCAACAACACUUCCAGGUCCUUGUGCCACACCCACAGUUCUUACAAGUCCCUCACCAGCAGCAGGCCCUGUCAGCAGCUUUGAUUUGGAUGACAAACAAAAAAGAUGGGUUGUGAUUGGAGUUACAUUAAACAAGCUUCUAUUACCAGUUCUCCGUGGCUUUGCUCGAAAGGAACUUGCUAAACACUACACGUCAUUGAAGAGCUCUAGUGGAAUUGAUAAGCAGGUUCAUCCCACUCACUUGAAGAAAGAUGGAUCAUUUGAUUUAAACUAUGGCAGCAUUAACAACAAUUGGGGAACAUUCAAGAGAAAAGUGCAUCGAUAUGAUUACAAAGUGAAAUCUGCUGAGGAUCUGGCCAAACUUUACCUUGAACCACACAUGGCCAAGUUUACAGGUUUUGAUAGCACAUGCGACUUGUCAGCAGUUUUAGGAAUGCUGGCCAAUUCAUCUGUGUUUCACCCUCGCAUCCAAACAAAUGCUAAGGAUGUGCGCUCCAAAGUAAGAAAUGAGUGGGGACACUGUAACUUUGAUCUCUGGAAUGAACUGGACUUCAACAACAGUUUCCAACUCAUGGAGACAUUGAUUCGUUCUUUGGGGCUUCCAACAAAAGCCGAUGAAGACCAAGUAUGUGAUGAGCUUCAGGAGUGGGAAACCAAGGGUUUGAAAUUAUGCAUGGGUUCUCCAGUGGACAAGGAUCUGAUGAAACUUGUCAGCAUUGAAGUAACCAACUUAACACAAAACUUAGAGGCCAUAAAGAAAUUCAAUGUUGAUGAAGCUAAGAGGAUAGGAGAAGCUCUUCAAGACGCCACAGAUGAAAUAACGAAGUUUGAUAAACGUAUAACGGACAUAGAAAGUCGACUGGAGGAAGAGCACCAGGCGCAAACAGAGAAGAACAAAGACUUCUCAUCAACAAUUGAAGAUAUUUCUAACAACAUAACUAGAAUGGAGGAAUGCCAAGAUACAAAUGAACAAAACAUUUCCUUGUUAGAAGAAAGACAUAAUGGGUUAGAAUCAGCUGUAACCUCUUUAAAAGGCGGACAGGGUGCCCUAACCUCACAGGUGGAGGAUUUAGAGUUCGGACAAACUCAGUUAGAUUUUCGGCUGAAAAAGUUAGAAGAGGGUAGUGCCAUUGCCACAGUCUAUGCUGAAAUUUUGAAUCUACCCAGUCGCAAUCAUUGCUUUUGUGGUCGCGAACGUGAGCUACAAAAAAUUGCAGCACAAUUGAAAAAUGUUGUGAGCGGUUGUUCGGAAUCAGCUAUAUGCGGUCUCGGGGGUGUAGGAAAAACAUCACUUGCUGUCGAGUUUCUCUGGCGACAGAAAGAAAAGGAGGAAUAUCCCGGUGGUACUUUCUGGAUUUUGGGCGAAAACAACAACCUUUUCCAGUUGUCUGUCAGCGAGAUGGCACGUCAAGUUGGAACUUUUGAUGACAAAGACUUUUCCAAUUCGCUGUCAAGAACCUUGGACUGGUUGAGAAAGCGUGAACAGCUGUGGUGUCUAGUGGUUGACAAUCUGGAUGAGUUAGAAAUAUCCAUGGAUAUGCGGAAGUUACUUAAUGGUUAUUGGAAACAAGCCGGCCGUGGUCAUAUCAUCAUAACCACGAGAAGAGAAGCAAGGGAAACCGGAGAAGAAACAGGAAUCGAAGAAACUUCUUGUAUUGAGUUGAAAUGCUUCACAGCGGAAGAGGGAGUUCAAUUUUUAAAAUCAAGAAGUGGUACAGCCGGAGAGGACAGUGAUUUUCGUGAGCUGGUAAGAGAGCUUGGAGGACUGCCCUUAGCUCUUGAUCAAGCUGCUGCUUAUAUCCGAUCCCUUCGCCAGCCUAUCAAAGAGUAUCUGAAGAAGUAUAGGAGACUAAAGAUGCAUCUCUUGAAGAAGAAGAAAGCUCGUAAUCUGGUGGAAAAUACAACAUCUGAGAGAUUGGCAGUCCACACAACGUGGCUGUUGAAUUUUAACCAAGUUAGUCAAAUGUCAGAAGAGAUGGAUCUUGGUGAAACCCCCUCAAUCGUAAUGAAAAUUUGUGCCUACCUAGGUCCAGAUGACAUUCCGUAUCAGAUUAUAAACGAAGGACUCCACGUCGUGGGAACUUCUGGAGCAGUAAGCGAUUUGUGGGAUGCUGCCGAGAUAGUUUCCCUUCUAACCAAGUUUUCCCUUUUUCAAAGGUAUGGGACAGAUUCUGUCAGUGUUCAUCGUUUGGUGCAAGACGUUAUCCGAAGUGAGAUUGAAAAGGACAAAAUUGAACUGCGUGUACUUUGCUGUGCAGUGCACACGCUUAACCAUGCACUGACAAAAACACGCUCGCCAGCGGAAGUCUGCAAAAGUUUCUUUGAAGAUGCGGUUUUCAGUGUUGAGAAUCCUCCUUCAUUACAACUGUGGGGCAAGUUGGCUUCGCACUCGACCUAUUUGCAAGAACAUUUGCGUAGCUACCUGGAGAAACAUGAAAAUGAUGUCGAAAGUUUCUACACCGAUGCAACUGUUCGUAUCUUCAACGAAGCAGCGAUAUUUUUUAGUGUGUCGCAGGAGAAAGUGAAAGCUCAGGCCAUGCAAAAAAAGAAACUAGAGUUGCUAGUACACCUUGGAAAGCCAACCCCUGAGGAAGAUUGCGACUUGCCGCAUUAUUUUGUUGAUGUACCUUUGAAAGACAAGGACUACAAGGUGAUCACGUGUUGUAUGAGAAACCCUUCUCCUCAAAACGAGGUCCUGGCUGGAGAAGAUUCUAUUCAUAAUGAAAGGAAGGAGGAAGCCGACGAACUGAGGGAAAAGGGGAACGAUGCAUUUAAAAAUCGCAGGUUUAAAGAAGCACUGAAUCUUUACACAAGAGCCAUUGAUCUGUCGCCUGAUGAUCACCAGCUGUUUUGUAAUAGGGCCCUCUCCCAUUUGAAACUUGAAGACCCAAGAAAGGCUUUGCAAGAUUGUAAAAAGUGCCUUUAUCUAAAACCUGAUUACAGUAAAGCACUUCAACGAAAAGCUUGGGCUCUGCGAGAACUUGUUGAAAGUGGAAAUAGUGAGCUUGAAGGGCAGAAACGUGCAGCUGUUGCAGUAGCCCUUCACUUCGAUCCCAGUCUUCGCCAAGACAGAACGUUUUGUCAGAUGUUCCCUAAAGUAACAGUUGGUCGUGUCACAGAGAUAUACAAUGAAACUCAGCUGGCCUUUGCCUUGAUGACAAUUCAAGGAAACGAAACUUUGCUGUUACACGAGGGUGAAUACCAUUUGAGUGCCUUUCGAACACCUAGUGACCUUCAGGUUGUAGGUCUCGGAUCUAACACUUACUUGAAUUGUGCAAAGAUCUGCCAAAUUUCUAGCGCCAAAUGUUAUUUUGAAAAUAUUGUGUUUCCAAGGGGGAACGUUUCCCUCGUCUGUCUUGGGAACAAUGGAAGUGCACACUUAAAUCAGUGUGUCAUUUCAGGAGGAGAGAUAAGUUGCGAGGACUAUCCAGAUUGCAACGGAGUUCCAGGCUGUGUGGCACCCUCUUUGGGGAAACCUGCUUGCGAUCGGACGGGAAAAUUUGGCGAUUCAGAUUCAACGUCUGGCAUAAGCGGUUUUCCAGGAGUUGUGGUUUCACUCGAGAGCUCAGGAUUGAUUGAAAACUGUGUAAUUUUUAACUGUGGGGGUGGAGGUGCUCUUGUUGUUGGGCAAGGUUCUCGACUACUGGUGAAAAACUGCGAGGUGUACAAGAACCACCAAUCUGGGUUAGAGGCAAGGGAAGGAGGAGAACUUGAAGCGCUCGGAAACAAGAUAUUUGACAAUGGUAAUCACGGCAUUCUGAUUUGGAAACUCGCGGGGAAAUGUGACGUCAAUGACAAUAAGAUAUUUGAAAAUGGAAAAGUAGGCAUCAUCGUCGGCGAUACAAAAGAGAAGAUAACUUUACAAAACAACAGUAUUUAUCACAACAGAGCCUUUGGUAUUUCUCUUGAUAAUGAUUCUCAAAUGUUUAUUAGCAACAAUAAGAUUUUCGAGAAUGGAUUUUGGGGCAUCGUCGCCAAUAGGCGAACAUCGGCACACAUAGUAGGAAACGAACUCACUGGCAACAAAUGUGGUGGGAUUUUUAUUGGAGUCAAUUAUUCUGGAAGGGUUCUUCUGGAAAAAAACACUGUCAGAGAUCACAGUGGCCCUUGGCUUGAGUAUCAAUUCAAAGUGGAUAGCCCGAAUAUUGACUUCAGUUCACUCGAUGGCAAAGAUAUUGAUGCACUGGGGUUUUUAAAGCUUCCAGAGGGUGAAAAGCGUACUUAUUCAAAAGCACCCAUUCUCAAGGAAAACAAAGUACUAAACAAUGAAGAAGGCAUGUAUCAUCCCAGAGAGGUGGCUGAACGAAGCUGUAGCGGUUGCAUCUAUUGUCGUCGCCGAAGAGAUAAAGUAGUGAGUUUUGUGAAGUGCCAAGGAUGUCACAUUGCAUCUUACUGCAGUAAAGAAUGCCAGCGCAACCAUAGACCUAAACACAAGACAAUAUGUUUAGCUCUCAAAACUCGCUAUGCUGUUCAAGUUGACCGAAUUUCAUCGGCACAUAUGCCAGGAUUUACAUGUAUCCCGACGCGGAUGUUUGGCUCUCACCUAAAGGGAAUUGGAAAGGGACCAGAACCAAAGCCCAAUAAGGAGUUCAUCGUCAAAAUUCAAACACGAACUCUUAACAGUCACCCACUGCAGUUGAUGGUACUUUACGACCAAAGUGUCACGAUCGAUUGUUACAUCGUUAGUCCAGAAAUCUUUAACGUGAUAAUGGACUGCGGCGUGCUUGGAGCUUUGGAAAAGUUUACGAUUAAGAAAUGUUUUUUCUGGGCCAUGUUCACUGAACCAGGAGGAAAGCUGACGAUUUAUAUCGAUCAUUUGGCUCCUUAUCAGAAGUGGUAAAGAUCCAAGAGU